AUGGGUAUCAUUAAAGAUGGUACGAUAUCUGGGAAUUUGCCGAGCAACAAUAUGGCCUUCGCAAUUCAUUACCCGGCUUAUCCCUCUUCCCUUGAUCGAGCUAUCGAGACCCUCGGCGGCACUGAAGCUAUUGCUAAGGUUCGAAGUUCUGAUUUGAACAAGUUGGAACUCCAUUUUCGACCUGAAGAUCCAUAUUCACACCCUGCAUUCGGAAAACUAUAUGCAUGCAAUAAUUUCUUGUUGAAAAUAUCUAAAAAGAAAGUGAGGAAUGCCCACAAUGGUGACAAUGGAGGAAUUUCUCAGUCCAUCGGCGGAGCUGAGCAUGAGAAUAUUUCUUCUCCAGAUGCACUUCAGUACAAGAAAACAGAGGAAGAUCAAGAACACCUCGUUGCUGAUCUUGUUGCUCACAUGCGUGACGCUUAUCGAUUUACUGGAAUGGUAGACUACCAACACGUUGUUGCUGUUCAUGCCAAUGCUGCCCGACAAAAGAAGAGAAACUGGACUGAUUAUGAGAAAGACGGUCUUAUGGAUGUUGAUCAGGAAGAUUUGAUGAUUCUAAUACCACCAUUGUUCUCUCUGAAGGAUAUACCGGGAAAAGUAGUGUUAAAACCAUGUGCAAGUAAUAGCCUGAGAAGGAGAAACGUGGCAGUUGGCCAGCACCGAUGGGAGAGGGCUAUAGAGCCAAGUCUUGCCCUUGAUUUUGGCAUCAAAGAUAUCCUUGUCAUGCUGGUUCCAAAGAAAGUGAACUGGGAGAGAUAUAUUCCUGAAAACUCAGAACAGUGGCAAUGGCAGAAAGCUGUGUGUGAGUUAUUUGAAGAACGACCUAUAUGGAUUAAAGAUUCAUUGUCAGAACGCUUACUUGACAAAGGUCUAGAAUUUGGAGGAAAUAUGUUAAGGAGGCUUCUCUUCAGGGCAGCAUAUUAUUUUUCAAAUGGACCGUUUCUUAGGUUCUGGAUUAGGAAAGGAUAUGAUCCUCGCAAAGAUCCUGAGUCUCGGAUAUAUCAAAAAACUGAUUUCCGCGUGCCUCCACCAUUGAGAAGCUAUUGUGAAGCAAAUACUGCGUCAGGAUUGAAACAGAGAUGGGAGGAUAUAUGUGCAUUUCGAACUUUUCCCCUUAAAUGCCAAACUGCCCUUCAGCUUUUUGAACUCGCUGAUGAUUACAUUCAACAAGAAAUACGAAAACCUGCAAGUCUAUCUGAAUGCAGUUGUGCAACAGGAUGGUUCCCGUUGCAUGUUCUUCAUAGCUUGAGAUUGUGUGUUGCUGUUAGGUUUCUGUCAGUCUAUCCCAAGGCUGGUGCAGAGCCAUUUUUGAAAACAGCUUCUGCUCGUUUUGAAAGGUCAAAAAUAUCACACAUGUUUCCGAAGAACUCGAAAGUGACUGAAGACAUGGAACAAGCCAAUAAAGAAGUUAUGGAAGAUCAAGACAUGGAAUCCAAUGAUGAUGAAGAUGAUGAAGAUGAUGAAAUCGAAGAUGACAACAUUGAAGAGGUUCUUGACCCAGAGCAGAUUGGACCCCUGGCCGGGAACCUUUCUCCACCAGACCUUUCUUAUACAGACCAUGGAAACAUGUCAAGAAAUUAUUUGCAGGAGCUCUUUGGUAGUUUUCCAUUGAAUGCAACAGGAGAAAAUGAAGUGCCUGCUGCCAAUAACAGUGAUGGUGAAUAUGAGAUAUAUGAGCAAUAUAGUGAUGGAAACUACUCCGACGGUGAUGAAUAUUGAUUUAAACAACGGUUGAUGAAUUUUAGCAUAAGACAUUUGUGAGUGUUCUUUACUCCAGCUUUGCUUAAUCUCUUUCCAUACCUUUCCAGUUUAUGAAUGGUGUAGUGACUGCUUAAUACGGGAUGUAUGACCUAGUUAUGAACAUUGUGUUGGAUAUCAUUACUAGUUAUCGAGCAAAUUAUCACGAUGUUUUUUAGCACAUUCUUUUGAUGCAUUAGCCAUUAGUGUGUUGGAACAAAAGCUAAAUGCGAAUUAGUUGAUGCAGAUAACGAAGUAACGAAGUUGAGGGAGAUGAGAUAAAUCAAAAGAUGCACUGAG